AAACACAUACACAUCUCACGUCAGAUUUUUUAUUUUUUAUUUAGCAUAAAUGACCAAAAUAAUUAAGAAUUACUUACUAUAUAGCAAUGAUUUCGCGAAUCGCUCGUAAUAUGUGGUUAAAAUCAUUUUGAUUGAUGCAAUUUUUGUACGCCUUGUAUCAUUCCAGAAAAGGAUGACGUGGAAAUAGGUUAUGUUUACAGUUUGUCACUUUAUCCGAGAAAAUACUUCGCGCCGCACGUCGGAGUGUAUAUUUUAUUAUUUUGCACAAAAUUUGUUGAUGCUUCGAUUAUAAGUUGUGAAUAUGUUCGAAAUCACUGACACACAGAAAAUCGGCGUAGGCCUCGCUGGCUUUGGUAUUACUUUUUUGUUCCUUGGUGUACUACUGUUGUUCGAUAAGGGCCUAUUGGCCAUUGGCAAUAUUUUAUUUAUAUCAGGCCUAGGAUGUGUCAUUGGCCCAUGGAGAACAUUCAACUUUUUUUUUCAAAAGCACAAACUCAAAGCAAGUUUAGCAUUUAUAGGUGGAAUUUUUAUUGUGCUUAUGGGCUGGCCCAUUGUUGGCAUGAUAUUUGAAACUUAUGGAUUUGUCCUUUUGUUUAGUGGAUUCCUUCCAGUUGCUAUCAAUUUCUUGAGAAGGGUUCCAAUUCUAGGUACAUUCUGUAACAUGCCCGGGAUCAGUAGAAUCCUUGAUAUGUUAGCUGGUGAUUCAAAUAGAACUAGAGUAUGACCUUAUAAAAGAUUUUGCUCUACACUGUGCCACUGUUCAACUGUAUAUAUGAUCUACAAUUGAUAUAUCUGAUUCUUCAUUGAACUUUGUUUCUAUGGGUCAUUCCAUUAGGUUGGCUACUAAUGUGAAUGGGAAAUGUGAUAAUAAAAGUUGAUGAAAAUUCAUGGAUUGUAAAGCGAAUUGUAACAAUUUUCCUGUUAAGUGUUAUUGAUAACCAGGCAGAUAGGGUAUUUUGUAUGUUUAAUUCAUUUCAAGUGAACAUAUUAUGUAUACUUUCAUUGAUGUAUUGGUGAAGAACUGUAUACUCAUUCCAAAGUGACUUCGAUUUUUUAUAUUUACUAUUAUGAAAUCUAUCAACUGCCGUCAAUUCAACAAAUAAAUGGGAAUAAUAA